GAAGUCACUCCACUUGGCGCACAACGACUUUACAGGCUAACCUAAUAUUCACGCACGCCGCCAAUUUAUUGUCAAAAAUUUCUCAUGCACAUGCAACUUGUAUGAGAUCAACCGAAAUUGAACGGCGUGCGUAUGAAGCUAACUCAAUUUCCAAUUUUUGUUCUGCGUGACAUUUUGAUUUGACGUUUCGCUCAAUAAAAUCAAAUGCAAACGCAUGCAAGUCAAUUUCGGGUGACGCAAAAAAACGAAUUCGACGGCACGCGUACCAAAACGCAAGCCGCGAAUAUUAGGUUAGCCUGUUAGAACCACGCUGCACCUGAGGAGAAUAUUUAAGAGCGCUGCAAUGCACGGGAGCGCGUUAGUAAGGUUUUACAAAUCAACUUAGAGGGUCGAUUGCAGUGAGUUUGAAAAUCGCAUUUCCAUAAUUGCACUAUAACUAAAAUCAGAAGGCUAAUUUUGCCCAAGAAAAGAAAGUGGGUUUUGCAAAAACUUGUGUACCACAUAAAUCUGGCUGAUAUUCCUCUGUACCAAGUAUCCAUAAGAAAGUACCGUUUAUCCUACAAUUACUUCAAAUAGAUGACCAUUUGCCAAAUAGAUUGGUGUCAAUGCUGAGACCCUCGCCAACUGAUACCAAGCUGAAGCUUCUAAAGUCCUUGCACUUAUCCAAAAAUCUCGCUGUUAGCAAAGGUUCGCGCACCGGCAAUACCGCCAACAAUUUAGAACUUAAGGUUCUAACCCAAAUCCAACACGUGCCGUGAACAUUAGCGUGGUCUGUGGAAAACUUGAGAUUUCGGCCACACUUUAGUAGACUUCAAAACAAAUUGGCUAUUUGAUUUCCUCCUCAAAAGAAAAAUAUACGUCCGACUUUGCACCCUUCGUUUAAUUCAUCAACAUGGUUUACACCGAGCGUACCGAACGUUACAUUGAACCAACCGAUCAGUGCAGCACCAGCGCUGGUAGCAGUAAAUCGCAUACCGCCUCGUUCAAAUACUCGAAGGAGCAGCACUCCUCGAGCAAUUCAAGCGCCUACAAGAAUUCGAGUUGGGAAACUAAGCAGCCGCCAUCGGAGGAUAAGUGGAAGUAUAAUAAUAUGGUACGCAAUGAUCGUGAAAAAUUUAACAGCUUACAUUUUUGCUAAAUUACAUUGGUAUCCGCAUCCUGCAACACACCCGAAUUUGUGCCCCCACCAAAUACAUAUGUACAUACGUAAAGACAGAUUUAUAUACUGAUAGCUGACUGUGCACAAUAAAACUUGUCCGCUCAUUCAUUUCCAAUCCCCGCUAUAAUACUGCAAUUGCAUUCUAUUCGUAGUUGUGAAUAGUUGAGUAAGAGCCUUACUAAUGUGAUCUAUAAUUUAGUGAUUAGUUGAUACAUUUAAGCAUUUGUAUGUUAAUU